AUGGGGCUUCGCGAGGGACAGUCUUCGCUGCUGCUGCUGCUGCUGCUGCUGGUGACUCUUGUCCAGCCUGGGGCAGGUCUGGAGAGCAUCCACUACGUCCCCCAGCUCUACAAUGCCACCCUCUUGGGAAGGCUCACGCAAUCCACCUUCACACUGGAGCAGCCCCUGGGCCAGUUUGAGAAUGGCAGCCUCUCUGACCCGGACCCCAUCUGGCUGGUGGUGGCCCACAGCAACUCCACCCAGAACUUUGCUGCCCCGCAGAAGGUAGAGGACAAGCAUGCCCCUGCCGGCUUUGAUCGCAAUGGCUACUACCUCACACUGAAGGCCAACCGGGUACAGUACCAGGGCCGCCAGGUUAGCAGCCAGCUCCGAGUCCUCCGUGUGGGCAACGAUACCAACUGCUCCUUGGAGUUGCCGGGCUGUAACUCUCCGCUGCCAGGUGCUGGCCCCUACAGAGUGAAGUUCCUGGCGAUGAGCCCCAAGGGACCCGUGGCUGAGACGGAGUGGUCUGAGGAAAUCUACCUGCAGCAAGCCCAGACAGUCCCAGGAGACCCAGGGUUCCGGAGCAAGAGUACUGUGGUCAUCAUUGCUUUCUUGUCAAUCUUGCUGGUGGUCCUUCUGGUCCUGGUCAUAUCCGCUUGCUGCUGGAAGACCCCUGUGUCCGGCCCAGGGGAGCAAGUCCACCUGAGACAAUAUCACACCCACCACAUGGACAGCCAUGGAGCUGAGCGGAGUUCCUGAGAGGGUCCCAAGGGCUUUCUCCAGGGGCCGAGUGGCUGAGCCUGAGCUGGGACCUGCCUGGAACCUUCUGGAAACCUAGGGGGAAAUGCUUUCAGCCCAAAGCUUGGACUAGCCAGUCCUUAUCAGAAAUAAAUUGCCUUAACAUCUUUGUAUUUAUCUCA